AUGAAACCACGUGCAGGAGAAUUCGACCACCAGGAUGAUCGCCGUUUCAAGCACACUCGUGUCGGUAUAUGGGAUCUCUAUGAAGAACGCCAAUCAGUUUUGCCACGCAUACCAACCUCGUCGAUAUCAGAGGCAUAUGCGCAGAUAAUCCAGAGCGUGCCGUUUCUAGUUCGCAUGUUAAAGGAUGUACUCAGCAUCAGACGAUGCCCCAUGCUUCUCUCUGCAUACCUGGUAGUAGAAGUUUUAGCUUCCCUCAUACCCGCUGUUUCCCUGUGGUACUCUGGACAAUUGCUCCGCCUUGUAGAGAGCGCAAUGGAGACACGUACUGUGGACACAACGUUGCUCGUACAAUUUGCGGUGGCACAUCUUAUAUGCACAAUUGCUAUGCGCUUUCUCAGAUACUCCAAAGCCUGCAUAACACCCCCUCUGAGCUUGUACAUCAAACAAUUCUACCAUGAGCGCAUGUUCCACCUGACCGCCCGCCUUGACAUGCCCACAUUCCAAACCUUUCAAGGCUCGCACGCAAUGCAGGAGUUUCAGAUGGGAUUGGAUUCUUGGAGCACUUCCGUAGUUUGGGAGGCCAUCAAGGGGUCAACGAACAUCACAAUGAUGUUUAUUCGUCUGCUCUUUCAGCUUUUGGUUCUUAUUACAGUCAUGUGGGAACAUCAGGAUGGUCCACUUCUUGACAGGCAGUGGUCAAAUCUUUGGGUAGUUUGGGCCGCGAGAACGACCAACAAGGAUUUUAUUCGCAUGCAUGGCCUGAAGGGCCUCGUUGUGUGGUAUCACCACCGCCAGGAGCUUGUCGCAGGCAACCUUGGCGAAUUUGUCUGUACACAAUUUCGCGAAGCAGCUCAGCACGUCGGUCAUGAUGCGGUUGAAUUCUCAGAGCUGAAACAAUUUCGAUCUUUCAAGGACUGUCUGAGCAUCGCGUUUAUCUUUCAAGAAACAAUGCAUAUGCUACCUCAGAUCGUCUUCACUUUUCGCGUCCUGAAAAAUCCAAUGAUCACUCCCAUCUCCUUGGCGUCACUUAUACUUAUCAAGCAUUCCUUUCAUGCAUUCAGUGACACAGAUUUCUUAUCAUCCCACAAGUUGUCCAGUCUUGUGAUCCGUUUGUCUGGAAUACGCAACCUAUACGAGACAGAGUAUAUACAGAAUAAGGUGGUGGAUGGCACCGAACCGUUCCCCGAGAACCAGCAGUCUCUCAGGAGCGGUAUUUCUGUUGAGUUCAGGAAUGUUUCGUUCCAGUAUCCUGGCAGAGACAGCUGUGCUCUGCGAAACGUAUCGUUCAAGAUCGGGGCUGGUCAGCUUUGCGUCGUUGUUGGUGUGAACGGCUCUGGAAAGAGUACGAUCUUGAAACUGAUCUCCCGCAUCUACGACCCAACAGAGGGCACCAUUCUCAUCAACGAACGCGACAUCAAAACCUUCAGAGUUGCUGACCUCCGUGCUGCUAUGUCCAUCCUCUUCCAAGACUAUUCGCAAUUCCCCCUCUCCAUGCGCGAGAACAUCGGGCUUGGCAAACCCGCCCUCGCACAUGACGACGACAAGGUUCGCGAAGCUGCCCGUCUCGGCGGUGCAGAAGACUUCAUCGAUGAGCUCCCUGAUGGAUUCGAUACCUACCUCGACUGCCUCGUGGCUGAUUACUAUGGGGACCUCCCUGAAGGUACCACGACACUCUUCGGGCAGCCCGCCUCCAAAUCAGCCGCGGGCAAGCGCAGCGGCUUGCAAUGUGUCGGUGUCGAGUAUUCAAAUAGCUCCCGCACAUUUAUGCGCUCACUGGUCUCCGAAACUGAGUCUUCCGCUGGCAUGCUGUUAUUCGACGAGCCGAGUGCCUCUCUGGAUCCUACGGCUGAACAUGAUCUCUUCGAGCGUCUACGGAAAUUAAGGGGCAACAAGACCAUGCUAUUCUCCACUCACCGGUUUGGAAAUCUUACCCAACAUGCGGACCUUAUUUUGUACGUCCAUGAAGCUGUCCAGGAAGCAGGGACGCACGAUGAACUUAUGAAGAAAGGGGGAGAGUAUGCUCGUAUUUGGAAUCUGCAAGCGAAACCUUUCAUUUAA